AUGGCCAGUCUUCAGUUCCACGGCAACGUCGAUGCGGACAUCAGGUAUGAUAUUAGCCUGGAUCCGGCGAGGGAAUCGAAUCUCUUUCGCCUGCUGAUGGGUCUGCAGCUGGCGAUGGGCAUGAAACCCUCGCCCAGGCUGCCCGAAUGGUGGCCAAAAUGGCUGCGAAUGGGCGGAAAACUUCUGGCCAAAGCCUACUGCUCAAUGGUGAUUUUCACAUCGCUGCAUUUGGGAGUGCUGUUCACCAAAACCACACUGGAUGUCCUGCCAACGGGCGAGCUGCAGGCCAUUACCGAUGCCCUCACCAUGACCAUAAUAUACUUUUUCACGGGCUACGGAACCAUCUACUGGUGCCUGCGCUCGCGACGCCUCCUGGCCUACAUGGAGCACAUAAACCGCGAGUAUCGCCACCACUCGCUGGCCGGGGUGACCUUUGUGAGCUCGUAUGCGGCCUUCAGGAAGUCCUGGAACUUCACGGCCGUGUGGAUAAUGGCCUGCCUGCUGGGCGUGAUCUCCUGGGGCGUUUCGCCCCUGAUGCUGGGCAUCCGCAUGCUGCCGCUGCAGUGCUGGUAUCCCUUUGACGCCCUUGCCCCCGUCACCUAUUCGGCGGUGUAUGCCACCCAGCUUUUCGGCCAGGUCCUCGUGGGCGUGACCUUUGGCUUCGGGGGAUCGCUGUUCGUCACCCUCAGCCUGCUGCUCCUGGCCCAGUUCGAUGUGCUCUACUGCAGCCUGAAGAACCUGGAUGCCCAUGCCAAGCUGCUGGCCGGCGAGUCGGUAAAUGGCCUGAGUUUACUGCAAGAUGAGAUGCUGUUGGAGGACGCAACCAGGGAGUUGAAUCAGUAUGCCGUGCUGCAGGAGCACCCCACUGAUCUGCUGAUGGUUUCGGCGAGACGCCGAUGUCCUGGUCAUGGAAACGUGUUUCACAGUGCCCUGGUGGAAUGCGUCCGCUUGCAUCGCUUCAUUCUGCACUGUUCCGUGGAGCUGGAGAACCUCUUCAGCCCGUACUGUCUGGUCAAGUCCCUGCAGAUCACCAUCCAGCUGUGCCUCCUGGUCUUUGUGGGGGUGUCGGGAACGCGGGAGGUCCUGCGGAUUGUCAACCAACUGCAGUACCUGGGACUCACACUCUUCGAGCUGCUGAUGUUCACCUAUUGCGGCGAGUUGCUGAGUCGGCAUAGCAUUCGAUCGGGCGACUCCUUCUGGCGGGGAUCCUGGUGGAAGCACGCCCACUUCAUCCGCCAGGACAUCCUCAUCUUCUUGGUCAACAGCCGACGCGCCGUCCACGUGACCGCCGGCAAGUUUUACGUGAUGGAUGUGAAUCGUUUGAGAUCGGUUAUAACGCAGGCCUUCAGCUUCUUGACUUUGCUGCAAAAGCUGGCUGCCAAGAAGGCCGAAACGGAUCUCUAA